CUCUGACACAUUAACGAGGCGAAGAAGAAGAACAUCGGAGGCAGCUAAAGAGUUUUUCUGGUCUCGCCGCAAUUAAUUAGUGUUUUCGCAGACAGCCGUAGUUUGCCCAAACCGUUGAAGAUGCCUCUCAAACUAGACAUCAAGCGUCGCCUGACGUCGCGCUCGGAUCGGGUCAAGUGCGUCGAUCUCCAUCCGGCGGAGCCGUGGAUGUUGUGCGCCCUGUACAAUGGCCACGUACACAUCAUGAACUAUGAGAAUCAGCAAAUGGUGAAGGACUUCGAAGUCUGCGACGUGCCUGUGCGCUCCGCCCGUUUCGUGGCACGCAAGAACUGGAUCCUCACCGGCUCAGAUGACAUGCAAAUCCGCGUAUUUAACUAUAACACCCUGGAGAAGGUGCACUCGUUCGAGGCGCACUCGGACUACCUGCGCUGCAUUGCGGUGCAUCCCACACAGCCGCUGGUGCUGACCAGUAGUGAUGACAUGCUUAUCAAGUUGUGGAACUGGGAAAAGAUGUGGGCCUGCCAGCGUGUUUUUGAGGGCCACACCCACUACGUCAUGCAGAUCGUGUUUAACCCGAAGGACAACAACACCUUUGCCUCCGCCUCGCUGGACCGCACGGUAAAGGUGUGGCAGCUUGGCUCAAAUUUUGCCAAUUUUACGCUGGAAGGGCACGAGAAGGGUGUCAAUUGUGUGGAUUAUUACCAUGGCGGCGAUAAGCCCUACUUGAUUUCCGGUGCUGACGAUCGCCUGGUUAAAAUCUGGGAUUACCAGAACAAGACCUGUGUGCAGACCUUGGAGGGGCAUGCUCAGAAUAUCUCAGCUGUCUGUUUCCACCCAGAAUUGCCCAUAGUGUUGACUGGCUCGGAGGAUGGCACGGUUCGCAUUUGGCACUCGGGCACCUAUCGACUAGAGACCUGCCUUAACUACGGAUUUGAGCGGGUGUGGACUAUUUCCAGCAUGCGCGGCACAAAUAACGUGGCUCUGGGCUACGACGAAGGUUCCAUUAUUAUUAAGGUGGGCCGCGAGGAGCCAGCAAUGUCUAUGGACGUGGUGGGAGGCAAGAUCAUUUGGGCCAAGCACUCUGAAAUGCAGCAGGUCAAUCUGAAGACUAUUGCUGAUGGCACAGAGAUCAAGGAUGGUGAGCGCUUGCCCGUGGCCGUCAAGGAUAUGGGCGCCUGCGAGAUCUACCCGCAGACCAUUGCUCACAAUCCGAACGGACGUUUCGUUGUGGUAUGCGGCGAUGGCGAGUACAUCAUCUACACAUCGAUGGCCCUGAGAAAUAAGGCAUUCGGGUCCGCCCAAGAAUUUGUGUGGGCCCUUGAGAGCAACGAGUACGCUAUCAGGGAGAACAACGGCACCGUUCGACUGUUUCGAAACUUUAAGGAGCGUAAGAGUUUUACUCCAGAGUACGGAGCCGAGAGCAUCUACGGUGGCUACUAUUUUGGUGUAAAAACCUCCUCCGGAUUGGCCUUCUAUGACUGGGAGACGUUGCAGCUGGUGAGGCGCAUCGAGGUGCAGCCAAAGAACGUGUUCUGGAACGAGAGUGGCAGUCUGGUCUGCUUGGCCACAGAUGACUCCUACUUUGUCUUGGGAGUGGACACUGCCCAGGUGGCAAAUGCCGUAGAAACCAAGGAGGGACUGGAAGAUGAUGGUGUGGAGAGCGCCUUCAAUGUGUUGGGCGAGGUUUCGGAGUGCGUCAAAACAGGCCUUUGGGUGGGAGACUGUUUCAUCUAUACCAACUCGGUGAACCGCAUCAAUUACUACGUGGGCGGCGAGAUUGUGACCGUAUCCCACUUGGACCGCACAAUGUAUCUGCUGGGCUACGUGCCCAAGGACAAUCGUAUUUACCUCGGCGAUAAGGAGUUGAACGUGAUCAGUUUUUGCCUGCAGCUGUCCGUGCUGGAGUACCAGACGGCGGUGAUGCGAAGAGACUUUGAGCGCGCAGACGUUGUGCUGCCGACCAUUCCCAAGGAGCACCGCACUCGGGUUGCACAUUUUCUGGAGAAACAGGGCUUUAAGUCGCAGGCUCUGCAAGUCUCUACCGAUGCUGACCAUAAGUUUGACUUGGCCUUACAAAUCGGGGAAUUGGAAAUCGCUUUAAAGCUGGCACGUGAGUCGGAGAACUCCCAGAAGUGGUCCCAGCUGGCAGAUGUGGCGGCGAGCAAGAACAACAUGGAUCUGGUAAAAGAGUGCAUGCAGAAGGCAAACGACUUCAGCGGUCUUUUGCUGCUAUCAACCGCUUCCGGCGAUGCCCAGCUGCUCGAGGAGGUGGGUGCUGCUGGCUCGGCCCAGGGUAGGCACAACCUAGCCUUCCUGUCCGCUUUUCUGUGUUCGGACGUGGAACGCUGCUUGGAGAUUCUCAUUGAGACAAAUCGCUUGCCAGAAGCAGCGUUCUUUGCCCGCACCUACCUGCCCAGCCAGAUGUCAAAGAUCGUCGAGCUUUGGCGCGAAAAGCUUGGAAAGGUCAACGAGAAGGCGGGCCAGUCACUGGCCGAUCCGGCACAGUAUACAAAUCUCUUUCCUGGCCUGGGAGAUGCGCUGCGAGUGGAGCAGCAUUUGCAGGAGGAGCGAGCUCGCAAGGCGCCGGCACGCCUGGCUGCGCAUCUUCCCCUGAACAGCGAACGUCAUCCUCUGCAAGAACUACUUGCCGCCGAGCAGGGUUUCGCCGGGCAGUUGGAGGAGAAGGUGAAGCCAGCUUUCGUUCCCGCUCAAGCUGCUGUUUCUAGCAGCCAGGUGGCCGAGCCUACAUCUGCUGCGGAUGACGACGAUGACCUGGACUUGGAAAUAGAUGGAAUCACGUUGGAUGAUAAUAUUGAUACGACAGAUGUGAACCUUGAUGAUGAUUUUCUAAGCGACGAUUAGGAGGGAAGAUCAGAGCCAGGUCUAGGAUACCAUUUAAACUAUCGUUUACUGCUACGGGAGUCCCAUAUUUCGUGCAUUUCGAGCCACAGAAUUCCGCGCAUACAUUCACAUUUGAUUUGAUUGAAUGUUGUUUAAAUAUAUAUCUAUUAAUAUUAUGUACAACAGUAAUGGAGCAAACACUGCAAUAAAUACUUAUACAACAAUUUCAAAUAA